UGUUGUCUGGCGCUGUUCUGCUCUGCUCUGGUGCAGUCCAGGCUCGGAUCCGUCGCUCGCUUGCUGUCGCCGCCGCCGCCUGGGCAGCCUCUGCCUCCCGUCUGCCACUGAGGGAGCGAUGGGCCCGGCGCUGCUGCUCGCGCUGCUCUCGGGCCUCGGAGCCGCCAAGCCUCUCUCCACUGCAGGCCGUGGAGGGCUGAACCACAACCUGUCUGGGGGGUCCCGGCGGGUUCGGCGUGAGGUUCAGGGAGCGCCCUAUGAGGCUGUUGAGGCUAUGUUGGCCAAUGAAGUGUAUUACCCUGAACUGCUCCGGCUGGCGGCACUGGAGAGAGCAAUGUCAUCCCCUAGUGGUCAGCUGCAGGAAGAACACCUCGCCCAAGCAUUAGAGAGAGCCAUGGCCUCCUCUGGUAACCAACUGCAAGAUGAGCGCUUGGCCCAGACACUAGAGAGGGCUGUGGCACCACCCAGUAGCCAAUUCCAGCCAGAUGAGCGUCUGGCUCUUGCUCUGCAGCGCCUCCUCCAGGAUGGACAUCGCCGGGACCAGGAAUCCAUCUACCUGGCUAAUCUGCUAAAGCUUUGGGAUGAAGCCAAAGGUGCUACGUUGUAUCCCGAGUAUGAUGAGACCAGCCUAGCGGGAGGCUCCGCUUUGCCUAGAUCGUUGGUGAAUCGUUAUUGGGUCUCCGAAGGGGGUUUUGAACCCCAAGACGAGCUGGGAGGGGAAGAAGAACCUGCAGGAGAGCUGGACCCUGAAAUGCUGAGGUACCUGGUCGGCCGGAUCCUCUCAGGAGCAAGCGGCCUGCCCUCCCAGCGUCUCCCUGUGCCCCCCAGGCGCUUGCGGCGUGCCAUCUUUGAUGGAGGGGAACUGCCUGAGCCCCCCAAUCUUCUGCGGGUCAAGCGACUAGGCGGGGAGGCCGGCGGGGAGGCCCAGCUGCAGCGAGUCAAGCGGACAGAGGGGGAAGCGGUUGGAGGGAGGAGAGCUGUUCCUGGGGGAACCCAGAGGCUUCGGUACCUUCCUGAGUAGCAGGAAGAUGCCUCUGCAUUAAAAAAAACAACCACCCAGGGGGAGCCACCUCUCCACUGCCCUCCUCCCCAGUCUUUGAGUGUCAAUGGACCCUGAGCAACACCUAAUGUUUUUUUCCUGCCUCUGUUCUGCCUCUUGACCCCAAAAUACUGGUGGGGGGGAAGGGGGAUAGCCUUGGGCUGGGGUCUCCCAAUCCCAGUUCUUGUUCUUGUCUGUUACAGUGGGAGGGGGCCCUUCUCCACAGUAACCUUCAGCACACCCUCUUGGAAAGCUCCACUUCAGCUAUGCUGCUGCAUUUUAAUACUGGUCAACCCAUCCUCCCUGCCACUCCUCACCCAAACCCAGAGCUGGACACCACCUUUCUCUGCCUCAGUUUCUGUAACAUCCUGGCUUUUUCUUUUCUUUGACUCAAACACCAAGCCCCCAUAUCUCCUUCUGCCUUAAUAGUCCCAUUCAAUUUACCCCCCCCCCCCCCAGUUUCCACCAGCUUGUUUCUGUCUGGUCAGUAACCGCCACCACACACACACACACACACACACACACACACACACACACACACACACACGUACAUAUGCACUCUCUGCUGAUUUGUUGCCAUGUUUGACAGUGCUUGUGGCCAGAGUUUUGGUGUUGAUGAAUUAAUUAAUAAAAAGUUCAUUGGGUAUUUUAACUUA